GUUCAUCAAAAAGUUUAGAGUGCCCUGUUUACCCUAUGGACUUAGUGUUUGCAUUGGACAUGUCCGAGGAGGUCACGCUAUCAAUAUUUAACAGAAUGCGGAAGAUAGUAAAUGACUUUGUGCAGGAUCUUAAAGUCACUGAAGGUGCCUGCCCAGAGGGAGCACGUGUGGCAGUUCUUUCCUACAGCUCCACACCAAAAAUGCAUAUACGAUUCACAGAAUUUAGGAAAAAACAGGCUUUUCUGAAAGCGCUGGCGAAGCUAAAUUAUGAGCAGUCAGCCGACUACCGAAAUAUCGGACUAGCAAUGAGGUUCGUUGCAAGAAAUAUCUUCAAGCGUGCACGUGGUGGCUUUCUUGUCAGAAAAGUAGCAGUAUUUAUUACCAAUGGCCCAUCUCAAGAGACAACAUCAAUCAUGUCAGCAGCCCUGGAGUUCAAAGCCUUGGACAUUACGCCGGUUGUCAUUUCUUUCUCUAGGGUCCCUGAAAUACAGCUUCCUUUCCAGGUUGAUGAUACAAAAACAUUUCAAGUACUUUCUUUGUCAAAAGAUCGGCAAGAAGCUAAGGAACAAUUGCAGAGCAUCCGAUUAUGUACUUUCUGUUUUGAUAUGUGUCGACCAAAUGCCCAAUGUGGACACGUCAUCUCCCCACCUCCUAUUUCAGUCGACAUGGACAUGGCUUUUGUCGUCGAUGGGUCGCGCAACAUGAAAAUGAUGGACUUUGCAAGAAUAAAGGGUUUCCUCAGCUCAAUGCUGGACAUGCUUAUGAUUUCAAGAAGUCCACGUACCCGUGAUAAUCGUGCCAGGGUAGCAUUGGUACAAUACUCACCGGCAGGUUAUUUCCCUAGGGGUCGUCAGAAUCCAGCCAAUUUGGAGUUUGGGUUCAUCAAAUAUAACAGCAAGAACCUGAUGAAGAGAUACAUUGAGAAUUCCUUUAAUAAGUUAGAUGGCCCUCCUGGGAUUGGUCAUGCUAUUGAAUGGACCAUAAAUAAUGUUUUCAUGAGCGAUGCAGCAGCACGUCGUCAUAAAGUGAUCUUUGUUAUACUUGCGGGAGAAACAAGUUCCUUUGAUAUGGAAAAGCUAAGAGCUGUGUCCCGACAAGCUAGGUGUGAUGCUGCUUGA